ACGCACGUGCAGUCGUAAUCGACCACAGGAAGUCCAGGGGUGUCCAAAAACGCCCGGAGAAAGCUGGGACAGCCGGUGUGUGCCUGCCCAACCUGGAAGUCUCAGAGCGGGCAUCGCUGUCAUCCGGAUAUCGGGACUAUCUAUACAAGGGCAUCCAGCUGUCAAAGGCUACCGUCGCUGCACCGGUGAAAAGAAACCCACAUUACGGAGAAGGAGGACGAAGGAUGGGGGUUUGUAAUUUGUCUCCUCAUAUCUGCUGAUGUGCCUUUGCGCUGAUGAUUUCCUUCAACGCAUCACAUCUGGAGGAACGAGCUCCCCAAUCGACAUUUGCCAAGGAAAUAAAAGGCUUUAGUUUGGAAACAUUCCUUCACCGACAGCAGCGAAACGCACCGGAAUAAUGCGCUCAGAUCAGUGUGGAUGACUUUACUGCGGAGGUGCGCUGAGAGACUGAGGAUCCCUCUCCAGGAGCUCAACAUCUGAUCACAGCCAACACCAGGAUCAUCUGCCUCCGCGCUGAAAAUAUCACUUUUUUUUUUUUUGCUUUUUGGGGGGUAAUUUUUCAUUUUUUUGAGGUGGAAAUGGGCUGCUUUGGCAAUAGUAAAACUGAGGACCAACUGAUCGAAGAGAAGGCACAGAGGGAGGCCAACAAAAAGAUAGAGAAGCAGCUCCAAAAAGAUAAGCGGAUAUACCGGGCCACUCACCGGCUGCUGCUGUUAGGAGCUGGGGAAUCUGGGAAAAGCACCAUAGCCAAACAAAUGAGAAUAUUGCACAACAGCUUCACCGCAGAAGAGAAAAAACAGAAAAUUCACGAUAUAAAAAACAACAUCAAAGAAGCAAUAGAGACCAUUGUUGCUGCCAUGAGCACGCUCAUACCGCCGUGCCAGUUAGCACACCCAGCAAACAAAGUUCGAAUGGAGUACAUCCUGAACAGUGUGCACCAGAAGGAUUUUGAGUUUUCUCAGGAGUUCUAUGACCAUACAAAGCAGCUCUGGCAGGACCAGGGAGUGCAGGCCUGCUGGGAGAGGUCCAACGAGUAUCAGCUCAUUGACUGUGCACAGUACUUCUUGGAUCGCAUUGACGUGGUCCGACAAAGCGACUACAUACCCAGCGAUCAGGACCUGCUGCACUGCAGAGUACUGACAAGUGGGAUCUUGGAGACCAAAUUUCAAAUCAACAAAGUCGAUUUCCAUAUGUUUGACGUCGGAGGCCAGAGGGACCAACGAUGCAAAUGGAUUCAGUGUUUUAACAACGUGACAGCCAUCAUCUUCGUGGUGGCGUGUAGCAGCUACAAUAUGGUGAUCAGAGAAGACAAUCAGACCAACAGACUACAAGAAGCGCUUAACCUCUUCAAGAUCAUUUGGAGUAACAGGUGGCUACAGAGAAUAUCGGUUAUCCUCUUCCUGAAUAAAAAAGACCUCCUGGCUGAGCAGGUUCUGGCUGGGAAGUCGAAAAUUGAGGACUAUUUUCCAGAGUUUUCACGUUACACAACGCCUGAAAAUGCAACACCGGAGAAGAGCGAGGAUCCACGUGUCACAAGAGCAAAGUACUUUAUUCGAGAUAAGUUUCUGAGGAUCAGCACAGCCAGCGGGGAGGGCAAACAUUCCUGCUACCCUCACUUCACCUGUGCAGUGGACACAGAAAACAUCCGGCAAGUCUUCGACGACUGUCACGACAUUAUUCAGCGGGUGCACUUACGUCUGUAUGUGAUGUUGUGAUGAGCGUGUCCACCGAGGCUCCUGUCGCUCUCUUUCACAGCCCUCCCUCCUCCCUCCAUGAGGUGACUUAACAUACUUUUGCCAAACAAAGUGGCUAUCAGCUUUACUGCUUUGGAGGAAGCGCUUAUCUACCACUCACUGAUAGAUACACACUUGCAGGUCCGCACACUCACACUAUCGCUGAUAUCAUAUCACGACGAUGCUGUCCACCUGGAGGACGGAUGGGAGGAAAUGCAAAAAAAGAAUCACACUAAAAAAAAAGACACUCAAUAAAAUGCACCAAAUCACAUGAAUUUCAUGCACGCCAAAAAAAAUCUAAGCUAUAAAUAUAUAUAGAUAUUUAUUGAUAUGGGUGUAUAUGAAUAUGUGUAUAUCUAUGCAUCAUUUUUAGUUCUUAUUCACCCUUUGUUGUGUCCUUGUGGGUGACCUGUCUCCGCACCACUAACCUUCAUAUAAACACCCAUUCUGCCUCUGCUGCUAUUCUAAAAUAGAGAGAAGUUUUAUUUAAUAACAAUACCUGCCGAAAUGUCAGCAGUGAGACUGUUUCUCCCUGACACGUCCACCUCUCUUUGUCUCUCUUUUGUCUGAAACGCCCCCCUCUGGUUUGUUUUGUUCUACGGCUGGACUAUUAUUCUUGUACAGACUGUGAAAUGUAUUAUUUUGUACAACUACAUUGAAGAAACAAAAUGACUUGGAGAAGAUCCCUGUGCCUUGAUCACGACUGUACGCGUAAAAAAGCAACGAAGAGCUAAGACGUUACUUAUGUACCACUGCGCUGUGAAGCUGGACAGGUCUGUCCCACCUCGUCCUUGCUAGUUCAACCCCACCGCUAGGGUCGGGGGGGCUGGAGGAAGGGUCUUCAGAAUGGGGCGGAAUUGCUUACUUUCCAUUUUGUUUUUUGUUUUGAAUUUUCUAUGGAAGCAUACCUCUCCACCUUUAACGCUGUGUAGUGACAAACCCACACUAACAUGACUUAAUAUAUAUCAAAUAUAUUUCAGAUGUAGAUCUGAACGUAUAUUUAAAUGGACUGUACACUUCUAUGUUUCCCUUGUGAGCUUUGCCCUGGUUUCCUUUGUCAGGAACAUCUGGAGGCACCUCUGGUUACACUGGGGAGGUUUACGAGAGGGAAA